AUUGGCGUGUGGUGGAGAGUGAAAUAAGAAGGACAGGGAGCCGCAACUCACAAACGUCAAAAGAAAUGGGCCCUUCCGACAUCAAUGCCGUAUUUCCUCUAUCACCUAACUGCCCAACUCCAGCUCCACGGCUUCCCUCUCUCAUUCCCUGUAAAUAUAUGAAUUCUAUGCCCUGCUCAUAGCAUAGAGCUCGAAUUCAGUAGCAGAGAGUGGUUGCAAGAAUUUGAGGUCCUUCUCUUUCUUUUUGUAACUUCAAUCGUUCACCAUCUCAGUCACAAGCAGCAAUGGCAGAGGAGGGAGCCUCUGAAGUUACUGCUCCAGUUCGUCGUGUUCUUCUCAUUUCUGCCGGUGCUAGCCAUUCCGUCGCUCUCCUCUCUGGAAACGUUGUUUGUACAUGGGGAAGAGGGGAGGAUGGCCAGUUAGGACACGGUGAUGCCCAGGAUCGACUUUCUCCCACUAUAUUGAGUACAUUGGAAGGCCUUGAAAUUAUAUCUGUUAUUUGUGGUGCUGAUCAUACAAUUGCAUAUUCUGAGUCCCAUACUGAUGUUUAUAGUUGGGGAUGGGGAGAUUUUGGGAGGUUGGGUCAUGGAAAUUCCAGCGAUUUGUUUACUCCUCAACCAAUUAGACAAUUACAUGGUUUAAAGAUAAAGCAAAUUGCUUGUGGGGACAGCCAUUGCUUAGCAGUGACAAUGGAAGGCCAGGUGCAGAGUUGGGGACGGAAUCAAAAUGGUCAGCUUGGUCUUGGCACCACUGAAGACUCUCUUGUGCCUCAGAAAAUUCAAGCUUUCCAGGGAGUUCCAAUUAAAAUGGUUGCUGCUGGUGCUGAACAUACUGCAGCUGUUACAGAAGAUGGAGAACUAUAUGGAUGGGGUUGGGGCCGCUACGGGAAUUUGGGCCUUGGUGACAGAAAGGAUCGUUUGGUGCCUGAGAAAGUAUCUCUCCCACAUGGAGAGAAGAUGGUUAUGGUUGCUUGUGGAUGGCGGCAUACAAUAUCAGUUUCUUCUUCUGGUGGAUUAUACACUUAUGGAUGGAGUAAAUAUGGUCAACUAGGGCAUGGAGACUAUGCAGAUCAUCUUAUUCCUCAUCAGCUUGAAGCAUUGCAAGGCAGUUUUAUAUCUCAGAUAUCAGGCGGUUGGAGACACACUAUGGCAGUCACAUCUGAUGGAAAACUUUAUGGCUGGGGAUGGAAUAAGUUUGGACAAGUUGGAGUUGGUGACAAUGUGGACCGUAGUUCUCCUGUGCAAGUUAAACUUCCCCUUGAGCAGAAAGUAAUUCUGAUCUCAUGUGGCUGGAGGCACACACUUGCUGUUACCGAACGGCAGAAUGUUUUUUCUUGGGGAAGAGGUACAAAUGGACAGCUUGGUAACGGCGAGUGUACUGACCGGAAUGUACCAGUGAUCAUAAAAGCUUUAAGUGUUGAUGGGUCUUGUGGCCAGCACAUAGAAUCCUCAAUGGUCGAUUCAUCAUCAGGGAAAACGUGGGUGUUGCCAUCUGAGAGAUAUGCUGUUGUGCCCGAUGAAUCUGCACAAACAGAUGGUUCAGGCAAGGGGAGUGAUGUAAGUGUUCCGGAGGGUGAUGUCAAACGCAUAAGAAUUUGAUAUUCUAAAUGCAGAUCAUGUAGCUGAAUAACCUGAUGUAGAUAGUCUGGUCUCUGGCUUCCAGGAUGACUCUGUCUAAUAAGUCCAUGUAAAUUGUACUUCCUUGCCAGUGUUGCCUUUUGCUGUUGUACAAUGUUAAUGCGAGAAGUAUGUCAAUCCUAUGCUGAUUUAACUUUUUCUUUCA